GUUGCCAUCUUGAAUGUCCCCCGUGCGACCGGUGCAGCGGGGUCCAAAGAAAACCUCUGAACGACGCAGCACCGACAGCUCUACAAACAGGAAGCGCGGAAGAUCGUCAAGAAGCCGAAGCACCGCCAUCAGGCGGCGAUCGCUGCCGCAUCCGCGCCUUUAACGGUGUUCCGGCAGCGUGAUCAACCGACGGGGAUGUCCUCCUCCGCCGUGCGAGACACCGUCAAAAAGAAGCACGUUCGCUUCGCCAGCAUGGAGGACAACGAUGACGUUGACAACGACCAGGAGGAGGACACCUUGUUCGACAAGGGGAAGGAUACCGGGAGGGGGCUGAAGAGCGCGCUGAAGGCGGCCAAGAAGCGGGCGAAGCCGGGGAGCGACGGCCGAAUGGAGGUGGUCGGCGGAGAACGGGGCGGACGCGAAGCGGGCGGCCGGACGGAGGUGGUCGGCGGACAGGGAGCGGGCUGGAUGGUCACCCUGGUGCUCUGUGCAUCCUUUCUGGGCUUGGGGAUGAGUAUCUCUGUUCUCGGCCCCACAUUCGAGGAUCUGGCUGUGAAUGUGAAGAAGAACAUCAGCAAUAUUUCCUACAUCUUUGUUGGUCGCUCGGCGGGCUACAUCGGGGGUUCCCUCUUCGGUGGACUUCUCUUCGACUGCAUGAACCCCCACCUCCUGCUAGGUUUUUCCAUGCUGAUGACGUCAGUUGGAAUGUGUGUCAUCCCCUUCUGUAAGCAGGCUCUGCUCCUCACUGGGCUCAUGUCCAGCAUCGGCAUAUCGAUGGGUAUUCUGGAUACAGGUGGCAACGUCCUCAUCCUGAAUACAUGGGGCGAGCAUGCGGGUCCUCACAUGCAGGCGCUGCACUUCAGCUUUGCGGCCGGGGCUUUUGUGUCUCCGAUCAUCGCCAAGCUGCUGUUUGGGCCCAACAGCAGCGCGGGAAUCGCACUGACCAACUCCAACUCCACGCCUGACGUCCACGGAAAGCAGAUCAGCCACAGCAGCACCCUCAAAUCCAUGUGGGCUUAUGUCGUGAUCGGCUCUUACAUCUGCCUCGUCGCCUUCCUCUUCUUCGUCCUUUACUGCCGCAGCGGCGGGGCACGCGACCGAGCCAGGGAGUCGGCGGCGCCGAAGCCCCUGGUCGCCAAACAUCACGUGGCUCUUAUUGCCUUGCUCUUCUUCUUCUUCUUCUCCUACGUAGGUGCCGAGGUGGCUUAUGGCUCCUUUAUCUUCACCUUCGCCAAGGACUACGCCGGCAUGAACCCGUCUGAGGCGGCCGGGCUGAACUCAUUGUUCUGGGCGGCGUUCGCCGCGUGCAGGGGGCUGGCCAUCUUCUUUGCGGCCUGCAUGUACCCGGGCACCAUGAUCCUGCUCAGCCUGGUGGGCUCCACCCUGUCCUCUCUGCUGCUCUGCCUCUUCAGCAAGGAGAGGGUGGCCCUGUGGGUCUGCAGCGGUCUGUACGGGGCCUCCAUGGCCACCACCUUCCCCAGCGGCAUCUCCUGGGUGGAGCAGUACACCACGUUGACGGGGCGAACCGCGGCCGCCUUUGUGGUGGGGGCGGCGUUGGGCGAGAUGGUGCUUCCUGCUCUUGUGGGCUUCCUGCUAGGGAAGUUCCACGACCAGCCCGUACUCAUGUACCUGUCGCUAAUCACCGCCACGUUUACCUCCAUCCUCUUCCCAGUCAUGUACAAGCUGGCCUCGGCCCCAAGCAGCCUGAGCAGGAAGCCCCGCGCCAGGAGCCAGCCCGAUGCAGACGACAGUGAAACCCGCCAGGCGCUGCUGGACUCUGUGGCGGAGGAGGACGACGACAACGAGGCUGACCACUGGAACGACGCUGACUUUGAGGUCAUCGAAAUGGACGAUGCAGCAUGUCUCCACUCACCCAGCAAGGCUUCCUCUCCUCCUCACAGCACCGGUCCAACAGGGAGCUGUGCUGACUCCAACACGGAGGAAGGUGGAGCUGCUUUCUCAGACACCACCCCCCUGGUUGGCGACUCCCCUAGACGCAAACUGCUGCUCUCCCUGGACCGAGAGAAGAGGGACUGAAUGUGUGCGUGUGUUUCCAAGUGUCUCUUGCUGGAAGACACAUGGACAGGGCAGAUGAGAUGAAUCAUCAGGCCACUCUUGUCAAAAACAGCCAAUCAUUUUGCACUGUGGCAGCUGAAGGAUCAGUGAUUAUAGUUGUUGCACUUGUCAAGACCAGCGUUUUGUUUGUAUAAUGUUCCACGGCUUGUGGAUCUAUGAAUCAAGUGUCAAUGUCAUUCAAUAGAUUUACUUGAGUCAUUGACAAUGAUUUAUUACAUUGACUUUUUAUUAUAUCAAUCUCAAACCUCCUCCCACAGCAAUGUCUAUUAAAAACAAACAAAACACUA